UCGGGGACGCCAGGCCGAGGCAUUUGCUAGGGAACCGACUGUUGUCGCCCCGCCCCCCGGGGCUUUUUGUCUCGUUAACUGUCGGAGUGGAGGGGCUCCAACGCCCGCCGACAUGCCAGUGCGCUUCAAGGGACUAAGUGAAUACCAGAGAAACUUUCUGUGGAAAAAGUCAUAUUUGUCAGAUUCCUGUAAUGCCUCGGUGGGGAGAAAGCACCCGUGGGCUGGACUUAGAUCAGAUCAACUAGGAAUCACCAGAGAGCCCAGUUUUAUUUCAAAAAGAAGAGUUCCUUACCAUGACACACAGAUUUCAGAAUCUCUGGAGUGGAAUGGAGCUAUCUCAAAGAAUGAUGUGGUUGGAUCACCAGGACCCAAAGCCCCAGAAACACCAAUAUCACAAGAGGUGAAACAAAAUGAUAUCAACCAAGAAAGAGUUCUCUCACUAGAGGGCUCCAGGGUCCCCAAGAGAACAAGAUCUCAUUCUGCAGACUCCAGAGCUGAAGGGGCUUCAUGUACUGUGGAAAAGAACGAGGAUGUAAUAAUGAACCAUGUACCUGUUAAUGAGAAUGUGGAACUGGAACAUUCUACCAAGCUUCUUUCUGAAAAUGUAGAUAAUGGGUUGGAUAGACUUCUACGUAAGAAAGCUGGAUUGACAGUUGUUCCUUCACAUAAUGCCUUGAGAAAUUCUGAAUAUCAAAGGCAGUUUGUUUGGAAGACCUCUAAAGAAACUGCUCCAGUGUUCGCAGCCAAUCAGGUUUUCCACAAUAAAAGCCAGUGUCCACAAUUCAAAGGUAAUCCAUUUGUCCAUGAAACUGAAUACAAAAGAAAUUUCAAGGGUUUAUCUCCAGUGAAAGAACCAAAACUAAGAAGCGAUCCAAAAGGAAACGGAAAUCUUGAAACUGUAUCUCCUGAAAAGAAGUGUAAUAAAACAGAUGACCCUUUAAAAUUAGAAGCAGAGAUGGCCUCAAAGGACUCAAACCAGCCUAAAAAGAAGCUUACUCCUUGGAGACAUCAGAGGCUUGGGAAGGUGAAUUCUGAAUAUAGAGCAAAAUUUCUGAGCCCAGCUCAAUAUUUAUAUAAAGGUGGAGCUUGGACACAGGUGAAGGAAAAUGUGCCAGAUCAGGGUUCUCUAAAUGCCAUGUGGUAUGCAGAGGUUAAAGAACUCCGAGAAAAGGCUGAGUUUUAUAGGAAACGAGUUCAGGGAACACAUUUUUCUCGGGACCAUCUGAAUCAGAUUCUGUCUGAUAAAAACUGCUGUUGGGAUGUCUCGUCAACCACAAGCUCGGAGGGAACCAUUAGUAGCAACAUCAGAGCCUUAGAUCUUGCAGGAGAUCCUACAAGUCAUAAGACUUUGCACAAAUGCGCUGCUACAGAAGAAAAAAAAGACAUCUUGGAAGAACAGCCCCAGAAAAAUACCACAGAGGAAGUGGGCAUGUCAGGUUCUCCCACCAUGCCUGUUAGAAGGCGGCUGGCUUGGGAUGCAGAGAAUGCUGGUGAAGACAUACAGAAAGAGCCCAAUGGGGAGGAAGAGCAGGAAGAGGAAAGGGGAGGAGACAAGCAGGUGUACAUGGGAGAGCCAGAGAAGAUGGACGUGCACGAGGCAUCUAAGGCAGACAAGAUAAAAGAAGGGUCGCGUUCUUCUUCUGUAUCCUCAGGAAAUGGAGGCAGGCUUCCUACUCCAAAACUGAGAGAACUCGGUGGAAUCCAGAGGACUCAUCAUGAUCUUACUACUCCAGCUGUUGGUGGAGCUGUUUUAGUGUCCCCAUCUAAAGUGAAGCCUCCAGCCCCAGAGCAGAAGAGAAGAAUGUCCUCUCAGGAUUGUUCAGAAACUUCAAAGAAUGAUUUUACUAAGAAAGGAAGUCGUGCUCUAUUCCUACUGACUUCUCCUGCUGCUGGUAUAAAAACAGUUGAUCCUCUGCCUUUGCGGGAAGAUUCUGAAGCUAAUAUCCCUAAAUUUGCUGAGGCAGCUCUGCCAGUUUCAAAAAUUCCAGAAUAUCCAACGAACACCCCCAGACAGUCACCUUCUCCAAAGUGUGUUCCAUCCUAUUGGCACCCUGCUCGUCGAAUUCAGGGCUCUCUGAGAGAUCCAGAGUUUCAGCAUAAUGUGGGUAAAGCAAGGAUGAACAAUUUCCAGUUACCUCAACAAGAAGCCUUUAAUGAUGAAGAUGACGACAGAUUGUCUGAGAUUUCUGCUCGCUCUGCUGCGUCUAGCCUCCGAGCGUUUCAAACUCUGGCACGAGCUCAGAAAAGGAAGGAGAAUUUCUGGGGAAAAAACAUAAACCUUGUUGUUUUUAUCUAGGGAACCAUUGGCAUAAUUUUUCUGUAUUGCUCACCAUGUUUAGAUUUUUUGAGUGUUUGAAUUUUCUUCUGACAUUUCCAGCUUAAGUGAUUCGAUUUGUUAGUAGUUCCUUUUACUUGGAAAAUUUUAAUACAUGCUCAUGCAAAUUUAGCUUUUAAAGAAUUCUUUGACAUCAAUCCCAAAAUACAAAGACAUAGAUUAUAUAGUUCUUCACAUGUUUUGUCAUUUGUGUUAGAUAUCAAGAUAGCUGGUGAAUUGUGAAUUUCACCCAUCGAGAGAAUAUUCUAAAGAAAUAAAGUGAAAAUUAAGAUUCCAGUGUGGAGUACAUAUUCCCCUAAGAUUGGUUCUAUGUGUUUUUAUAAUUAUAGAUGUCAUGAAAUGAAUUUGUUGUUAUUUUAACUUUUGUUUUAGUAUUUCUUUAAUACUUUCUAUAUGUGGUUGCAGUGUUAAACGUAAUGAUACUUUGAAAAUAUCAGUUGUAUAUAUUUUUCUUAUUUAUAUAACAAAGUUUGCUGAGAAUAUGUAUAUUUUUAAUCUUUGUGUGUAUUCUAUUUGUAUGAUAACUUUGGCUUAUAUUUGAAUAAUGUCUGGAUUUUGAAAAAUUAUUUGUAUAAUGAAGAAUUAUAACUUUGUAGACAUUUUGAAAUAAAAAUUGAUCAAGUGUGUUUGGCUUCACCAGAAAGUUAAUACAUGGAAUGAAUAACUAUCUUUUAGAAAUAUUCUGCUUAUCACAGGUUAAUCAAAAGUUGUACUUUUUUACAGCUGUCAAAAUGCAAUGAAGUUGAGUCUAUGUUUGCACAAAUGUAGGAUAAAUUUAGAAUUUUCAAAGCAGACUCAUUUUUUAAAAAUUUAACAAGCUUUUUGAUUCUAUUACUCUACUUACAGGACAUGUUCAGUGUCUUAUUUAUCUUAGAAAUCAUGAUAAGUGUAAGUUUCUAAAAUGGAUUUUAUAAAAUAUCAAAUCUUUACAAUAUUAUAUAAAAAGUAUGAAAGAUAAAAUAUACAGAAUAUUAAUGUCCAUUGGUUAGAAAACAAGAAAACAGUCUGUUCUAAAGUGCUUAAUUUGGUCAAAAGUGCUUUUGCAAUCACUGGUUCACCAUAAGUUAAUUUGUUAAAGAUUUUAUAUUGUGAAGUUGUAAAGAAUUGUAGAUACACAGAUAUUUGCUUUCAUUACACUGACCUUUUAAAAUAAUUUGUUCAUAAAUUUACUAAAGCAUUAAACAAGGAAUUAAAGCUUCAACUUAGGGAAUAGCUGGACUUGAGAACACAAAUUAGCUUCUAUACACAUGUGUUUUGAAGCAUAUUAGUUGUAAAAUAAAUUUGGAACUUACUGUCCCUUUAGAAGCUUUAAGGUAUCAAUCAUUUUCUUCCUCCUUAAAAGUUGGUUGGUUUGGUUGUUUAGAACAAUUUUUAAUGGCUGAUCACUGAUACAUAGUAAAGAAAGAAAUUGAGCUAACUUUCAGGGAAUUGUUCAUAAAUUAUAGUCUGUUACAAAAAGUACAGACUAUAAUAUCUGGGUGUACCCAUUUCAGUGAAUCAUGCCACAUGAACUUGAUCUACCAGGUAUCAAUUAGAUUAGGUUAUGGUUCUUAUGGAGCCAAGGUUGUGACCCUACUCUGUGUGAUGAUUUAAUUCUGCAGCACACUACUGACCGCACCUCUAUCUUAAAACUACCUAGAGGCCCAGGGGAGAGAAUAGUGUUGAGUGAUCAUUACUGUUUAUCUCUUAUACUAGAAAAGCAAUUUGAAGGAUAUGAAUUUGUGUUGGUGGAUGAAUAGUCUAAGUUAAGUGAGACCUGUCCCAUUGUGCUACUUUUUAGGAGCUCCGUUUGCUAAUUGAAUUUUUGUUAGUUAUUAAGGCAAACUUUUAUGUAUUACAAACUGAAAUUAUUAAGAAAAAUUAUAACUCAGUGAGUAUGGACAGCUGUAUACAUUUGUGAAGCCAAUAACACGGUGAAGGUAUAUUUCCAUCACCCUUACAGUUUCCUCAUUUCCCUUAGCAGUCAAUAUGUUCUUCCAUCCCUGGUCCCCAAGCACUCACUAAUCUGUUUUCUGUUGGUAAUUUUAGUUUGGAAAAAAAUUAUAUAAAUGAAUCAUCUUUUAUGUCUGUCACUUAACAGUAUUUUUAAGAGUCAUUCAUGUUUGGUGUACAUGUUCCUUUUAAUUUAUUCUUCCCACUGGUGGACUUUUGGAUUGUUUGCAGUUUGGAACUAUAAUGAAUAAAGCUGUGAAUUACUA